AUGAAAUUAUCGAGGAGCAGUUCAUGGAGGGAAAAUAAUAAUGGAUUUGUUGUGAAUGAUAGCUCAACUUCGACAUUUGCGAACCAUGACUCCAAUGACUGUAUACCUCCACGGAAACGUUCAAAACGUUUAACAGUCAGUUGUGUGGAACGAGAUAUUUAUGAUUCAUCCAUUUCUUUCGGCUCCAGUGAAAUCAAUGUUCGUGUCAUUUCGCUUUCUGAUGAUAGCACCGAUGAGCUUCGUGAACUGGAUUGUAUUUGCGAAGACACAUCUAAAUUUUACCGCGUGAGAUUAGAAGGAAUUUGGUCGUCUACUCCAGUCAAAAUUGGUUCUUUCUUGCGUGUUAUUGGCGCUGAAAUGAAAGGAGAAAAGGAGUUACUAUUAAAUUGGGAAAGUGGUGUAUUGAUUGUAGAAAGUAAUGUAUUGGUGCCUUGUACACUUAUCGCUCAAGGUACAUCUUGUCGUCGAAAAGCAACACUUUCGCAUUAUUUCAAAAUACGAAGCGGUACAACGAAGGAAAUGGUGGUUGGGAAUGUGGUUCACGAGCUCUUUCAAAUUGCAAUUACACGCUCGGGAUUCGACGUUGCUGAGAGCAGUUUACUUGAUCUGUGGCGAAAAGAGUUGCGUGAAAAGUAUGCUGAAGAACUCUUUGCUCUAAACCUCUCAUCUCAAGAGGUUGAAGACGAAAUGUGCCUUUAUUUUAAAACGAUUACUCAUUGGGUAUCAGCUCACAUGCCACCACCAAAAGGUCGAAAUGAAUCCUUGCAAACAGGCUUUAAAAUCAUGGAAUUAAUGGAUGUUGAGGAACCCAUGUGGAAUUCGUGUUAUGGUUUCAAAGCCAAAAUUGAUUGUACUGUGAAGGUAAAAAAGAGAAAUGGAGAACAAAAACUAGUUCCUGUAGAAUUGAAGACUGGCAAGUCAAAUCCAAAUAUAGCGCAUAUUACACAAGUCAUGCUUUACUGCCUUGCCUUGGCCUCAAAACAGGGUACUAUUGAAAAUGGGUUAUUGUUGUAUUUGCUGGAUGAAACCAUUCGGACUGUAUCGCCCAAAAUGAUCGAUUUGAAGGGAAUUCUACAUAUGCGCAAUGAAAUUGCCGCAGGCAUAAGUGCUAUUUCAUUCGAUAAUCUUCCAGGACCGAUCUUGGAUAAACAUACUUGUAAGUGGUGUAAUCAAGCCUUAGCAUGCUCCUUAUUGCAAUGCUGUUCUGCGUCAGCUGUAACCGAUAUUUUCUUUCAAGAUCAAUUAAAACACCUUAAGCAAAGUCAUAUCGAUUACUUCAAACGGUUCGCUAGGUGGAUACUAAUGGAAUGGAGAUAUGUAACAGAGAGGAAUGCAACUGAUAAGGAAGAUAUAUGCAGAAGGAAGAACUCGGCAUCAAGCAUAAAAGUUAUCCUUGAUUCCAUUGUCCAACAAGAGAAUAGAACUGUUGUUACUUUUCAAAAGGAGGGAGUAAUAGAUGAGCAAUAUGAAUUGUGCAUAAAAGGAGAUAUGUUAUUAGUUCUUUCCGAUGAGAGUGAACAGAUUGCUAUGGCUUCCGUAAUUUAUGUUAAAGAUAAUUUUAUCAACGUCGCUGUAUAUAGCAACAGUAGUUCAUUUGUUGUUGGAAUGACCUAUUUCCUUAAGAGACAUGAAACUUCUUUCAAAUAUACUCUUAAUCUCGGAAAUUUAGUUACGCUAAUGGUUAAUGACAAACAAAUGUCAAAAAUUAGAUCUCUUAUAAUUGAUAUGAGGCCACCGGUGUUCUCAAGGAUGAAGAAAGAGAAUAUAAUUGGCAUAUCAAAAAUUGUACGACAAUUAAAUUGUGAUCAAGCACGAGCAGUUGUUAAAUCCCUUAUGUCUAAUGAUUAUGCAAUUAUUGAAGGAUUCCCUGGAACUGGUAAAACAAGCACGCUAGUAGUGUUAAUUCGUUGCCUUAUUUAUUUGGGUCGCACUGUCCUUAUCACUUCUCAUACUCAUUCUGCAAUUGAUAAUAUUCUUUCAAAACUUAUUGAGUAUGUUGAUGAAAAUAAGAUUUUACGCUUGGGACGGCAAACUUCUAUAAAGGAAAAUGUACAACAUUUAACUUUGAAAGCAAAGUUGUCUAAACAUAUGGACACUGAUAGAGUUUCAUUAAUGCAGCGUAUCCUAAAGGAAACGCCCAUCGUUGCAUGUACUUGUUUGGGAGUAUCAACUAAUUUGCUAUUUUCAUAUCGUCGUUUCUCAAUGACAGUUGUUGAUGAAGCAUCUUUGGUAUUGGAAUCUACUGUCAUUCCUGCUAUUGCUGCUUCUGAUUCCUUUGUACUUGUUGGUGAUCGUCGACAGCUUGCUCCUCUUAUCUGUUCCAAACAAUCCAGGGAGGAAGGUAUGGAGAAAUCAUUGUUGGAACGAUUAACCAUUCAUCAUUCAGCUAUUAUUACAUUAUAUUCUCAAUAUCGGAUGAAUAGGCCGAUUGCUGAUCUUAGUAGUGUUCUCUUUUAUGAUAGUAAACUUCGUUGCGCGAAUAAUAUGGUCGCUGAAGCAACUCUUAUCAACUUCGUCUCUGAUCCUAUCAUUGACAGCAUUUACUCUAAGGCAUGCAAGCUUUGUAUUUCGAAUUUACUAAGCAAUGCAGUCGUAUUUGUGGAUACUCAGUCAUACAAGAAUCCGUCCUUUUGUACAAUUUUUGGCAAUUCUGGCGAAAUUAGUAAUGUUGGAGAAGCGGAGUUUAUUGGAGGCCUUUGCAGACUAUUUGUUAAGCUGGGUCUACCGGAAAGUGAUCUUGGUGUUAUUAGUAUCUAUCGUUAUCAUGUUGAACAACUGCGCCGCACAAUUCAAGCAGGAGUUGAAGUGGAUACUGUUGACCAAUAUCAAGGUAGGGAUAAGUCGGUUAUUGUGUUAAGUUUCGUAUGGACUGGCGAAGCAGAAAAUCGGAAAAGUGAGUUGCUUGCCGAUUGCCGUCGAAUUAAUGUUGCUAUAACGAGGGCUAAACACAAGUUGAUAUUGGUCGGAUGCCAGAAAUCGUUGUCAAGUUACCCAGUAAUGAAUGCAAUGAUUAACGCAAUACCUAAUGAAUGCAUCACAAUGUUACACGAAUAA